AUGAACAACCCGACGCGGCUGAGCGGGUUCUGCGGCACGCCCAUCGGGCUGAAGCGCGACGGCGCGCGGCCGCCCUGGUCGCGGCGCGAUAGCGAGGCGAGCGACUACAGCUGCGCCUACGAGGUCGACGUCGACGGCCUCGACGAGGGCGACCUCGUGAAGCUCAAGCUGCCGGAGCUCCCCGCGCACGUGCGCGACGCCUUCCGCGCCGUCGCCCGGGGCGACGCGGCGAUGCUCGAGGCCGCGCUCGACGGCGAUGAACGGUUAGUUUACUGCGCGAACCAGGGCGGCUCGUCGCUGCUCGAGGUCGCGCGGGAGCGCGGCCACGAUGCCUGCGUGGACGUGCUGCGGCGGCGGGAGCGCGCGAACGCGCUCCUGCGCACGCCCGCGGUCCCCGAGGAGGCGUCCGUCGCGUCGACGGGGUCGCCGCCGUCCGCGUCGACGGAAUCGCCGCCGUGCGCGGCGCCGGCCUGGUACGACACGCCCGCCCGGGCCAUCUGGACGCCGCCGCUGAAGCGCACGCCCAAGGCGAUGCCGCUGGACGACUGGCUCGAGGCGCAGGAGCUCGGGCCGCUGUCCGAGAGCCUGAGCGACAUGGCCGGCGACGUCGACGACCUGAAGGAGAUGACGGACGACGACGUCGACGAGCUCCUCGCGGCGGCGACGGCCCUCUUCGCCAGCGCGACGCUGCGGGACUCCUGCGAGUCGCGGCUCCGCGACUCGCUCCGGGCCAUCGGCGCGAACGUCUCCGCGUCGUCCGGCGGCGACCGCGGCGACGACGGCGGCGACGGCGGCGACGGCGCGAGCCUCGACGCCGUCGACGACUUCGACGAGCGCGGCGACUUCGACGACGACGACGCCGACGGCGAGGUGCCGGCCGUGCGGCCCUGCCUCGUGUUGUCGCCCGCGGAGGCCGAGGGCGUCACGAACCAGGUGUGCGCGCCGCCGGAUCCGCCGGCGGUGUCGCCGCCGACGCCCGACCCCAAGGCGCCGCCGGACCUGCCGCCCUUCUCCGAGCUCGGCAAGGACGGCAACUUCACGACGCCGCGGCCGGCGCGCGGCGCCGGCGACCCGUUCUCCGAGGCGCGCGACGCGCGGGACCCGUGGCCCGCGUGCCCCUUCUCGGAGCUGAGCCACACGGUAAUGUCACGUUACAAGGCGAAGAAGGAGUGCCCGACGUGCCUGAACACGUUCACCCCGCAAGCAUUUUCCAUUCACGUGAAGUACUGCGGGCAGCCGAAGGUGGUCUACACGCUCGCGCCGCCGGAUUUCCGUGCGAACCUCGACCCGCGGGUGUGCCCGACGUGCUCUUUGAAAGCGAGGCCGAAGAAGCAACUCAACACACAAACCAAUGAGUAUGAGCCCGUGUGCUGCGCCUGGGGCGAGCGCGGCCACAAGGGCGCGGCCGACGAGGAGACAGCGCGGCAGGCUUCUAACGAAAAAGAGUGCGACCGGAAACGAGACAUGCGCGACGUCGACGGGAUCUCCUUCCAGCGAGCCCGCGGCGACGAUAUCGUGCACUGGAAUAAGCCAUUUGAUGCGACGGGUGUCCCCCGCAGCGAGGCCUUGCACGCCUUCGUGCGGGACUGCCCGAACUGGAAGGAGCUGCUGGGCUGGAACCCCAACGACUACCGAGACGCGCUGGACGACGUCGUCGACGCCAAGAUCGUUUCGCUGUGCCGACUCGUUCUCGGCGACGCUUCGCCGCACCACCGCUUUCAAGUGUUUAUGCAAUUAUACAAGCUGUACCCAUCGGAGACGGUUUCGUCCAUCGACGACUGCCACUACUCGCACAUCGCGGAGUCGGCCAUCAUACUCGUGACGAAGGAGGACAACAUGUUCGGCAACCUGUCGCCCCUGAUUACCCUGCUCGUCAGCGGCUUGGUGGACGGCGCGCUGCAGCAGGGCAUGCUCUCGCGGCAGGUGCGCGCCGUCAAGUCGGACAACCGCCGCAACGCCGCCGGACGUCAGUCGCGCGCGGCUUUGGAGACGGCGAAGAAGAAUGCGUACCACUCGCUCGGCCCCCUCGCGCGGCGCGCGCUGGGCGUGCUCCGGUCCAACGACGCGACGGCGGCCGGCUGCGACUUCGGCAGCCUGGGGAACCAGACCGUCCCUUUGAUGGCGUUCAACUCCAGGGCCGCCGACGAAAUCCUCGUCGGCGACUCUACGACGCGAUCCCACUCGCGACCGGCCAACGACGACAUCGCGCGGACGCUGCCGACGCUCGGGGCCGGCGACAAGGUCAAGUUCUUCGUGUCGCUCGACGCGAGCAACGUCAUCGAGUACGUGGGCAUCGAGGGCGACUCCUGGCGGCGCGACUCCGUCAAGGCCUACGGGCACUUCUCGGAGACGUACGACGAGUUGGUCUUCGCGCAGAAGUCUGACACUUCCUGGGAGGCCUGGCUCGUCAAUCUUUGCCGCCAGGACGGCUGCGGCGGCGUCGUCGACGGCUUCGACGUGUCCUUCGAGGUCAACGGCGUCAAGGUAGGGCGCGACCUCUUCACGCACCCCCUGGACGUGAAGAUUUCGAACGCGCUGGACGCGAACCAGGAGCGCAUCGCCGACAACCGCGAGUUCGGCGCGAGCGACGUCCCGGACGACGACUGGCCCGGCAACCGCGAGCUGCGCGUGCGAUGCCUCGCGGCGUGCAUGCCGCUCGCGGACGACGCGUUCCGCGUCUACAGCGUCGUCUUCGAGAAGCGCCUCGUCGCCGCGAUGGCCAGCGGCGACGCCUCCCAGGUCGUCAAGGUCCUCGAGGCUUGUUACGGCGACGUCCGGGACACGGCCGAGUCCAUGGGCGCGGACGGCUACCGCACGGCGAUCCGCGAGCAGUUCCGGGCCCAGUGCGCGCCGGCGAUCUUUGAGCGCCUCUCGCGGCCGCGGCGCGUGCGCGUCGUCACGUACCGCGUCGACGACCUCGACGCGGCCCCGACGGAGCGCUUCGUCGACGUCCCGCGGCUCGCGGCGCGCGUCGGCCUGGAGGCGGCCGCGCCGGCCCAGCCAGCCCCCGGCCGGCCCGUGCCGGACGCGCGGGCGUUCGCCGCGCCCGCGCGGCCGUCGCCGCUCGACGACGGCCACCUCGACCUCGACGUGCCCGAAUCGGAGGCGCCGACGAGCCGCUCGCGCGAGAAGCCGCCGCCGCCCCCGGACCGCUACGACCCGCUCACGAGCGGCACGUCGCUCUUCGGCGAACCGUAA